AUGGCUUCAGCAUAUAAAACAAUAGAUGAUAGCAUGGCGUCUAGACUUGAUAUCGACGAGCUGAUAGUCAAAAUCCUAUCAGUCGGUCAUGCAGAAAAGAGUAUGACCAAAACUGUCAAAGAGCAAGACUUGAUGGCAUUGUGCAACUUGGCGAAGAAAAGUUUUCUUCUCCAGCCGGUGAUGGUUGAGGUGGAAGCGCCGAUCAAAGUUUGUGGUGAUGUUCAUGGACAGUAUUCAGAUGUGAUUCGUCUCUUCAAUAUCGCCCGUUUCCCUCCACAUUCAAAUUACAUUUUUCUCGGUGACUACGUGGAUCGUGGUCGUCAGAAUCUUGAGUUGAUCACUCUUUUCCUCUGCUACAAAAUCAAAUUCUUCGAUCGAUUCUAUAUGCUUCGUGGGAAUCAUGAAUGUCCAGCUGUGAAUCGAGUUUACGGAUUCUACGAAGAAUGUAACAAACGAUAUGCUAGUACCCGUUUGUGGUUGGCAUUCCAGGAAGCGUUCGCCGCAAUGCCAUUCACUGGUCUCGUCUCGGGAAGGAUUCUUUGUAUGCAUGGAGGAUUGUCUCCUAAACUGACAAAUAUCGAUGCUCUUCGUGAAUUGCCUCGUCCAAUGGAUCCACCAAGUCCAUCUCUUCAUAUCGACUUGUUAUGGAGUGAUCCAGAUAAUUCAAUCACUGAUUGGGCACCAAAUGUUCGUGGAGUCUCCUAUAUUUUUGGAGCAAAUGUGGUUAAACAAGCUAUUGAGACAUUGGGAAUUGAUUUAAUUGCGAGAGCUCAUCAAGUUGUUCAAGACGGAUAUGAGUUUUUUGCUGAGAAGAAACUCGUAACCAUAUUCUCAGCUCCUCACUAUUGUGGACAAUUCGACAAUUCUGCUGCGAUUAUGAAUGUGGAUGAGAACUUGUUAUGUACUUUUCAUGUUCUCCGUCCAAUGAGUAAGAAGACAAUAACUCCAUCAAUGCAUUGA